AUGUCUGCCCCCUUCUUACUAGAUUUACACGGAUCAAGUCCGAUUUCAUACAUCCCGCAAGAUAGCGGCAGCGACGAUACAAGCAAUACCGACGCGCAGAGUCCCGCCGUUCUCGACACAAUUUCUCAGCUCCAUGCUCAGAAUACCCAACUCCAAGACAAAAAUACUGAGCUGCGCAUUCAGAAUGCGCAGCUGCAAACUGAAGCCGAGAAUCACGUCGCCAUUUCGGAAAUGCAAGGUCGAUUUGCGCAGCAACUGAAACAGGAGCACCCGGAGUGCGGAUGGUAUUUUUGCAUGGUUUGCGUCUUGAUUUGGUUUUGCCGUUGA